AUGGUGGCACACACAGUUCUUUUGGACUUUACAGUAUCAUCAAAUGUAAUUGCUGACGUUGACAAAAGAUCAAAUCUCAAGUCAACAAUUGUAAACGUAUUGAGUGAUUAUUUCAAUGGAAUAAAACCACUAACCGAAGUAACUAUCGAUGGUAGCUUUAUAAUUCUGUACAGCGGACCAAGAGCCAGUCUCAUUACUGUUAGAGGAUAUCCACAAGGAUUAGUUACUGUCAAUGUUGAGUAUUACAAACAAGAUGAAGAUGAACCGUUGUUAUCUUUUGAGUCGACCAGAAACUUGGAGACGGCAAUGCAGUCAGCGGCAACAGCUACGCGAUCACAUACGCUUGCCCCAAUAAAACGCGGUGGCCCAUUUGAGAGAUACUAUCCUACCAGCGAUAUGUCUGAAGCAGAUAUAAUUUACACGGAAACUUUGAUGCAAAAGGGAAAAGAAUGUUACGCAGAUAAAGAAAUAGUAAUUUUAGGCGGAGGUGAUGGUGGUUUACUGUGGGAAUUGCUCAAAGAAAAACCUAAACACGUAAUAAUGCUUGAGAUUGACGAUGUAGUAAUAAAAGCUUGUAGUCAGCACAUGAGAAGUGUAUGCGGUGAUUGCCUAGACAAAAGAAAAGGCGACAACUAUGAGAUAAUAAUUGGCGACUGUGUGGAAGCGUUGACGCACAUGGUAGAAGAAGGUCGUCAAUUUGAUUACGUCUUUGGGGAUUUAACUGAUUUACCAAUCAGUCCACCUGAUGGAGAUGCAUGGGAUUUUAUAAGACUUAUUUUAAAUAAGACAGUCAAAGUAUUAAAAUCUUCAGGAAAAUACAUGACACAUGGUAAUGGAGCAUCUUGUCCUGAAGCUCUAACGAUGUUUGAAGAUGAAUUGUCACGACUAUCAGUUCCAGUGACAUUUACAAAAGACCGUGCUUUUAUUCCUUCAUUUUUUGAGGAUUGGAUUUUCUAUCAAGUUUCCCGUAAAUGA